GGAUCCAGAGCUGCGGCAGGAGGUGCAGGAAUCAAUGAAUGUGCUGUCUGCUUUACAGGGAUCAACGAGAGAUAAUCUCAUCUGAUCUGUUGUGCUCUAAAGCUGCCUAAAUCUGCUGGGUGGCUGGCUUUCACCUCUAUAGAAAUCCCAACAGCCUGCCUGCUUUUAGAUAUUUGUUUCUUUCACCAGCUUUUUCCUUUUUUCCCCUUUUUUUUCAUCCGUCCGUUCAUAUUAACAAGCUCACCUUAGAUGUAAAACUUUUUUUUAUGUUAUUUGUUUCUACUGUUUGGAACAGAAUCUUAUUAUUUCUGUUAAAUGUCUUGUUUUGCUGGUUAUCAGUGAUAUGUUCAAGUUUGUUUGGACUAUUUAGUGUCAAAAAUGACUCUGUAUAAUAACCCCUAAUCAUAGCCUCAAUGCUUUUUUGCAGAUGAAUGAAUCCAGGCAUUCCCAGAUUAUUCCCAACGCUUCUUUAUCUGAUUUACCCUCACGACAUACUGUUUUAGCCUUUCAUGCACUUAGUUCAGCUGACAUGCUAUUUUUUCCCUUGAAGACCGAUUUCAACAUCCGUAAUAUAGAGCAGUGUGCAGAGCUCUCGGUGUUUGUUUAUGUUUUGCCAGGAAAAUUUGAAAUAGGUGCAGGGAUUUACUAAAACACCUGCAAACAUACAUGGAAAUACAGUAUACAAGACAAAAACUGUCCAUUUUAUAUAUCUUACACAUUACUUUUAACUGACUUUCAACCUUUUGUCCACUCAGCUCUUUAAUUAAAUGAUAACUUUUGGGGGUUUUUUUAUUCCCUCGAUUAGUUGAGUUUAUCCAACCAUAUAACCCCUUUGUACUGGAGAAGUACCCCGCCUACUCUGCCCACCCUGGCUUAGACCCACUGAGUUAAACAACAACAACUUAAAAAUGACUCCAGAAUCAUCUGCUGUUAGUUGAGACAAGUUCAAGGCGUAAAUUAAAAGCUGUUUGUUUUUCUUUUUUUUACCCAAAUGUCUUCUGUGGUUUUCUAACCACGCUCAUCCUGAGAACUUCCUGCCCGAUCCUUUCUGUUGUGUGCAAAAUCCCCUCUGUCAUGUCCACUCGGGGUUAUAAAAAGCACGAACCAGGGCAACCUGAUAGCACUCAGCACUUUUAAUGACAUGUUUAGUCUCAUAACAGCAACCGAGUCUUUCAUUUAGAGUUUAGGCGGAUUAAAUCUCCGGGGGAGUUCGUCUGAAACGUCAUUCUGUGUUUUGGUUUGGGUUGAAUCGUAGCCUCAAAGCUGUAGUGAAAACAAAGGAGUAAAUAACACAAUGAACACCAGCGGGAGUUUUUAUCAUCUUUUAUCUUCAGGCUCCGAAAUGUCCAAGAUGCCAGCUCCCGGUCCCUGAGCUCCCAGAGGACAGGAGAGGUUUUUGAUUUGAAAGCUGGCGUAGGUAGUAAUCUAUGGACCAAUAGGAACCAUAAUUAGUACUUGAGGAACAUUUCUGGGGCACCAGCUCCUCGGUUGGGAUAUGCAGAGUGAGCCACAGAGUGACACCACAUUGUACGCAUGUUACAUAAUGAAGGCCUUAAAAUCAGACUGUCUGUCUGCCUCAUCCUUCCCCUUUAAUUGUCCAUACUGAGGGCACUCCUGUAUCUGGAUAUAAAAGUGCUUUGACUGUUUGACUGUUAAUGUUCUCUUUAUUUUCUAUCAAACUGAACUGCCAGCAUUAAGGCUGUUUUGGUUGAGUUUGCAGUCCUGUUCCUGGUGUUUUGGAGGAGUAGUAGAAGCUGGAUGUUUAACUAGAGUCUGAUUAAUCCUUGGGCUGAUUCGUAGGAAGUAAAUAACCUGCUCUUAGUGCAGAAGGCCCGUCCCCCAGGCCUGCGCGAUCUUUUAAUUCCGUUUGGUGUCACGGCAGCUUUGGAAUUCAGGCAAGGAGCAAGAUCACGGCCUUUGGGCACAAGCAGGAAUCAGCAGGGGUCUUUGUAGACAGGCGGGUUUUUUCUAAUCACGCCGUCUUCCUGCCUCUCUUUCUCCCUCAUCUUUUGUCUUUGCCUCCUUCUGCUCCCCUCCGCCGCUCAUUGUCUCGAGUCCUCGUCAUCUUCUUUGACAUCCUGCGAUUCAGAAUGCGCAGGAAGUUGUCGAGGGAUAUCCGCAUGCAUGCGGGAUACACGCAGACGAGCACGAAAGCGAGACCAUUAAAGGCGCUGAGGGAGCAGAAACGGCGGGUGGUGGUUUGUAGCCUCAUUGCGCUGGCUGCGUGGAAUAAUGGAGCGGGACGUGAGUGACGGGUUAGUAAGUGGAACAAAGUGCACUGCGGAGUUUCUAGUGGCAAUAACAAUGACUCUGAAUUACAGGUUGUUUUGGAGUUCCCUGCUGAGUUUUACGAGCACGGUACAGUGAAAGGUGCAAGGUGGAGACGGGGUGCUUGUUUGUUUCAGUCGCAGCAGAGGUCAAAAGUCAGACUGGAAGCUACGUCACCGGUGGAAGAGCGCGGUAGGGGAAUUGGGCUGCUUCAGCCGUCUGUAUUUUAUUCGUCGGCUGCAGCGUGGGAGGUAGAGCAAGGAGGUCUGCCAAUCAGGAGGUUCGAUCCCUGGCUCUUCUAGUCUUAGUCUGCACGUCGAAGGAUCCUUGGCCAAGAUACUGAACCUGAUGCAUUCAUCAGAGUUAGCUUAAAAGCACUUAGCAAUAGGAAAAAGAAUGGUUGUAUGAGUGGGUGAAUGAGGCUUGUAGUAAGAAAGCGCUUUGAGUGCUCAAACAGAGCAGAAAAGCACUAUAAGAGUACAACUCCAUUUACUCCAUGUGACAAGCUAUGUCAUUGUCAGAUUUUCUUCAUUUCAAAUAAUACAAUAUUAUCAUAAUUCUUUCAGGAUAACAAUAAUAAGUCCAGAGGUCCUGCCCUGAUGGUCACCAUGCCAACACGAAUACCAAAUGUCAGCAUGAAAAUGAAAGCUUUUUUUUUUUACUGCUGACACAAUAACAAAGGUCUCCUCUACACAUAAAUGUCUGGGGCUGAAAAUUCCCUGCUAGUUUGAAGUAAGCUCAUCAAAGCUGGGCUUUCUCGGCAUUAGCUGGCUUGACCCAACCUAAAACCCCGGGUGGAAGAUGACAGUGUUUAUCAACUUUCUCUGUUAAGCCCGACUUUCUGCGUCAUUCUCGGUGAGCGCUCACAUAACAAGGGGCAUUUCACGCAUCAUAUGACUCUUCCUCUACACGAAAGAGUCCCUGUGAGCGCUGCCUGCUCCAGUCAGACACGUUAUCAGAUGAUGAUGGAGAUAAAAUCUUUAAAGAACAUCAACUAUACUAUAACUAUAGCAGUCAAAUGUCACACAGUUUCCAAUAAUACGAGGGGGGGUAAUAAUCUCAGGAUUUAACACUCAGAGCGCUAAAAAUAAGCAUUUAAACUCGAGUUAAUGUAUUUAUUUUAUUGCUAAGUGCGCUCUCGGUGCUGAUGUUUAUUUCUAGUGUGGUGGCUGCUCAUCGAAGCUCUGUGCUUUGAAACAUGAAAGGUUACUGCCCCGAAGCAAAAUAAAGGAGCCGUGGAAAUCUCUUUGAUUUCUCGGCAGAUCAGAGUCAAAUAAAAUGUAUUGAUUGAACAGGUGUAUAGCAGAGACCUGGCAGUAUAAAAACAUUUAUGCACUUUCUGUAUCACCGGCUGAAUGCAUGCACGCUCCGGUGACGAUGUGGUGCACAGUUUGCUGAGCUUAACAAGUUGCACGUAUAAAAUGCGUUCCAGCUCUUAAAACCGAGCUGUAAAUGAAGGAAUCAUUUCCUCCACCUGCUCCUCACCGGGGUCAAGCAUGUGUUGCCACGGCGAAACUGAAAACUCUGUGUUUAAGCUCAACGUAGCUCGCUAACCCAAUAAUCUCGCUCCGUGGUAAACUCCUCUGAUUCGAUUUGCUAACAUCUGCUUCAGUCUCCCAGGUUACUGAUGUACAACAUAUAGACAUGAUGAAGAAGUGGCUCCAGUCUGUUUUUAAAAAUCAUCCUGCCGCGUCAGUAACACCUUAUGUUAGCGUAUUCACAUGAUAACACACCACAAACUCCUGUGUUUUAAUGUCUUUUUUUUUUCCACUGCGAGAAACAAAGAUAUUCCAGGAAAAGUGUCGUGUCAUAACACUUGAGUUCAAACAAGAGACAUUUGGAGGACUUUAACCCCUGACUGUGUUUUGACAUGGUACAACGACCUUUUCCAAGCCACACCUGCUUAAAGAGAUAUGACACACGUUUUCUAAUAUGUCAUAUGGCUGCUGAGUAGGAAGUUUAACACAAAUAAUCAGCAGGUUAGGUGAGCCAUUGCUCUUCUUGGUCCUUAACCUUUAGUCAGGAAGGUGCAGUAUGACAUCACGGUUCAAGUGGACUGUGAGAGGUUUACUGGAACAGGAAAAAAGAUGGCACAUGAUGUAUGCUGACAGCACAACCCAGCCAGCCCGUAUUGAACUGCACUUACUCAGCAAUCCUAGCCCACAUCUGAUUUAGCUGCUGAAACACCUUGAGCACUUUUACAUGCUUCAUACGGCUAAAUUAAAACAAUGACUGAAACUCGGAGAUGUGUCCUUUUAAAGCUGGUUAGACAAAAACAGAGAUGAGUGUUGCUGAGUCAAAAUGAAGACAGAGACAGAGAGGGACUGCUGUAUGUGAGAAAUGCUCAGCGAUGGGCCCACGCCGUACCAGGAAGUGAGGAGACUCUGUGGAAAAUAGCCUGCAUUGUUUUUAGACUGACUGCUGGGCAGCCUGGAGGUUUAAUGCGCACACCCGAUAGUCUAAUGAGUAACAUAUUGAUUAUUGUGGCUGGCCUGGCCCUGGUUGGUCAGCUGUGAUUGAAAGCCUGGCCUGGAUUUUAAAAAUGGAUCCUGUGGGCUCACUGGCUGUCUCCGAGUCUUCUGUUGUGUAAUCCCAGACUGCCUCGUUGAUGUUGGCGGUUGUACUGUCUCUUUUUCAUUGAGGAUGAGUCUUUGUCACUCUGCCUGGAUGUUUUGCGCAGAUUUGCACAGAUUCGCACACACUGGCGACUUUAUACAGUCUAGUUAUUGGCAUCAGGAUGACACUUCUGUGUGUACGGCUGAGUCCACACUUGGUCCCUAAAAUGUGAAUUGAAGUCAGUAAAUAUGCUGUUUAUAUACGCUCACUGGCCACUUUAUUAGGCGCACCUGUGCAACAGCACGUUAAUGAAACUGUAUAAUGAGCCAAUCACGUGGCAGCAACACAAUGCAUUUAGGCAUGCAGACGUGGUCGAGACGACCUGCUGAAAUGCAAACCGAGCAUCAUCCCGGUGAUUUAAGUGAUUUUGAAUGUGGCAUAGUUGUUGGUGCCAGACGGGCUGGGCUUGUCAGUUCUCUGGGUAAAAAUUGACUUGUUGAUGUUGGAGGUGAGAGGAGAAUGACCACACUGCUUUGAGCUGAUAGGAUGGCAACAGUAACUCUCAUAACCACUCGUUACAACAAAGGUAUGAAGAAAAGCAUCUAGGACUUGCUGAUCGAAUUAAUGAAGCUUGUAUUUCAGUACAGAGGCUUAGUUUACGGGAUUAGUAACACCUGCAUUUUACCUGCUAUGUCAUGUUAAAAUGGUAUCUUUAUGGAGGGUCUGUUAUAGACUAUAGACCCAGAAUUUCCUGCGUCAAAAAGGCCUGAAACUUUAAGCUGUUGUGAAGCUCAAAUCCUGCAGGCUGACACAAACACAGAAUAACUGAAGACUCUCAGAGGCACCAGAUGGGGGCAUCAGUUGCCCAGGAUUGAUCUCCUGGUGGACGCUGGGCUCCUUUCCCCCACUUUUCACCUUUUGAAAGUUGCUUUUUUCCAGGCUUCACCAUCACUGUAGUCAGUCAGGAUAAGGCUUUAAGGCAGUGUGUGCAUAUAAAGUAUGGAAAUAUAGGGGCUCUACUGUAUACUGUCAGUAUAGUUGAGUUGUUGAGUUUUCUUUGUACCACAGCCUUUUUGUUCUUUUGGCUACAUUUGAUCUAAGUGUCUGUUGUUGUUCCCACAUCUUCUUCUCUUUCCUGCUUUUUCUGAUUUUCACGGUGAGGAAGAUGAUUUAAUUUUUUUUAAUUUCUUUAUUUUUUUGGAGAUAGGGGAGGGGUAGAUGGUCUUUUGGCUCCUGCUGCAGUUUAGAUCAGGUGAUCAUCUGUUACUCCUACUAGUGAAUGGAGCAGCAGUGGAAGUUGCAAACCCCAACCACCCCCCACCCCGUUUUGUUUCUCUCCCUGUUAGGACCCCCGGCGGUUCCCCGGACCCCAGUUUGAAACCCACCGUGUUUGAGCCAUCCCACUCUGCAGGCUCCAUGCUACUAUUGUCUAACAGGAGAGCGGGCUAUUUGCAAAAUAAAGGUAGCCUCCUGCCUCAGUGUUUGCCCCUACGAGGGCUGAUUCAUGCGAGUGGGGUGAUUGUCUUUUCUUUUGCCCCUUUUAAAGUGAAAUGAGCGCCUAUCGUUAGCGGUAGUCCUCUGGGUUUUUCCUCCCACACAGCUUGAGCUCCUCGCCGGGUCGGAUGCUGAAAGUCCUCGCCGAUAAGAGAUCGCGCAGAGCUCGCGGAGAAAAGCAGACUGGACGCGGAAGGAAGCAAAGGAAGAAUAGAGCAGCAUUUUAAUACCAAAUCGGGACACAUGUUGAGCUAACGGCCCUCGCCACCUCCUCCCCCCUUCUUCUCCUCCCAAAUGCAUUUGUAGGCUCAGUCGCUUUCCCGUUACUGCGCGUUAGGAGAGAGCCAGCAGCUCCGAGGAUCCCCCGCUCGCCGUCUUGGAAGGACGAUCAUGGAUCUGAGCAAAAUCGCUGUCAGCAUCAACAAGGCCAUCAACACACAGGAGGUCGCUGUCAAAGAGAAGCAUGCCAGGACCUGCAUCUUGGGGACCCAUCAUGAGAAAGGUGCCCACACCUUCUGGGCGGCAGUCAACCGGCUUCCUCUCUCCAGCAACGCCGUGCUCUGCUGGAAGUUCUGCCAUGUCUUCCACAAGCUGCUGCGGGACGGGCAUCCGAACGUGAUAAAGGACUCCAUGAGGAACAAGGCUGAUUUAACUGAUAUGAGCAGGAUGUGGGGUCACCUGAGUGAAGGCUACGGGAAGCUGUGCAGCAUCUACCUCAAACUGCUCAUCACCAAAAUGGAGUUUCACAUCAAAAACCCUCGUUUUCCAGGAAACCUUCAGAUGUCAAACCGACAGCUCGACGAGGCGGGAGAGAACGACGUCAACAACUUCUUCCAGCUGACUGUAGAGAUGUUUGACUACCUGGAGUGUGAGCUCAACCUCUUCCUGGGUGUGUUCAGCUCUCUAGACAUGUCUCGGUCGGUCUCUGUGACGGCGGCGGGUCAGUGUCGUCUGGCCCCCCUCAUCCAGGUUAUCCUUGACUGCAGCCACCUGUAUGACUACACCGUCAAGCUGCUGUUUAAGCUGCACUCAUGCCUUCCAGCUGACACUCUCCAGGGCCACAGAGAUCGCUUCCAGGAACAGUUCAAGAAGCUAAAGAGUCUGUUUUAUCGCUCCAGUAACCUGCAGUAUUUUAAAAGGCUGAUUCAAAUCCCACAGUUGCCUGAGAACCCUCCAAACUUCCUGCGUGCAUCUGCUCUGUCGGAGCACAUCAGCCCCGUGGUCGUGAUCCCCGCCGAGUCGUCGUCCCCGGAGUCAGAGCACGUAGUGGAAACGGACGACCUGGUGGACACGGACGUCCCCGUACUGCCGGCUCCUGUGGAGACAAAAUUCGACGACCUGUUUGGCACCUCGGCUGCUAUCGACCCGUUCAACUUCAACAGUCAGAACGGCAUGCGCAAGGAUGACAAAGACCGGCUGAUCGAGCAGCUGACGAGGGAGAUCCAGGCCCUCAAAGAGGAGCUGGAGUCUUUCAGACUGGAGAGCGGUCGGUUGUGCCAGGCUCUGCGGGGGCGAGUCAACGAGCUGGAGGCGGAGCUUGCCGAGCAGAGCCACCUGAGGCUACAGGCUGUGGGAGAGAGCGAGUUCCUGAAGGCCGAACUGGACGACCUGCGGAGGGUCAGGGAGGACACGGAGAAGGAGCAGAGAAGCCUAACGGAGAUUGAGAGAAAAGCUCAGGCCAACGAGCAGCGCUACACCAAGCUGAAGGAGAAGUACACCGAGCUGGUUCAGAGCCACGCAGACCUGCUGAGAAAGAACGCAGAGGUGACCCGGCAGAUGACGGUAGCUCGGGCGGCACAGGAUGAAGUGGAGGCGGUGAGGAAAGAGAUGCAGGAGAAGGUGAAGGCCGCUCAGGAGGCGGCGGACAGACAGGAGCGGGAGCAGCUCGAGCAUCUUCAGGAGCUCCAGAGAGAGCUGGUCUCAAGCCGGGCAGAGCUGGACUCCCUGAAGACCAGCAUGGCCUCUUCGCAGCAGGCUUCGAGCGAGGUGCUCGGCACUCAGCUGGCAGCGUUGGAGUCGGAGAAAGCCGAGCUGGUCCAGUCGUUGUCGAAGGUGGAGGCGCAGCUUGCGGCCCGGGGGGAGGAGCUAGAGCGGGUCCAAAGCUCGCUGGUGACGGAAAGAGAGAGCAGGGUGAAGAGUGCUGAAACCCUGCAGAACCAACUCAAUGAGAAGGAGAGCAGGGAGCAGGCGUUAGAGAGCCAGCUGGCAGCGGCUCGUUGGGCCAGCCUGCAGGGCGCCGUGGAGGAGGCGGAGAAGAUCAUCCAGGACAGUCUGGCUCAGAUAGACGACCCGACGCACAUCAGCUGCACCAGCUCGGCAGACUACCUUGCAUCCAGGUGUCAAGCCUCCUUAGAGUGUAUGGAGAGAUUAAAUUCUACCAGAGUGGCCUUCCUGGCUGACAACACGGGUGUGUCUGAGCUGGUGCGUGCAGUGACCCAGUCUGGCCACCUGGUGGGCGACACCAUAGUUCAGGGUAGUGCCACCUCCCACAUGGUGCCUGUGGAGCAGGCUGACGCCCUGUCAGAGAGUGUGAAGGUGUGCGGGGCUGAAGCUUUGGCUCUGCUGGGACUGAUGAAGCAGCAGGACGGCCUCGCUGCAGCGGACAGCGGCAAGCUGAAGGCAGCUCUGGAGGCCGUCCUGGCCACGGCAGAGAAAUUGCGUCCUCGGGGUUUGGAGCUGCAGCAGGGGGAGCUGGGAGACCUCGUGGAGCAGGAAAUGGCUGCCACUUCUGCCGCUGUGGAAUCAGCCGCUGCCAGGAUAGAGGAAAUGCUCAACAAUUCUCGAGCAGUUGAUACAGGAAUCAAGAUGGAGGUCAACGAGAGGAUCUUGGCCUCCUGCACAGAGCUCAUGCAGGCCAUCAAGGAGCUUAUUUUGUCUUCCAAAGAUCUGCAAAGAGACAUCGUGGAGAGUGGAAGGGGGGCAGCCUCCAUGAAGGAAUUUUAUGCCAAGAACUCACGCUGGACCGAGGGCCUGAUCUCUGCCUCCAAAGCGGUGGGAUGGGGCGCUACAGUCAUGGUGGAUGCUGCUGACCUGGUGGUUCAGGGCAAAGGGAAGUUUGAGGAGCUGAUGGUGUGCUCACAUGAAAUUGCUGCCAGCACAGCACAGCUCGUGGCUGCUUCCAAGGUAAAAGCAGACAAAGACAGCACCAAGCUGCACCGCCUGCAGCAGGCGUCCCGCGGCGUCACACAGGCCACCGCGGCCGUCGUGGCCUCCACUAAGUCUGGGAAGUCCCAGAUUGAAGAGACAGACACUAUGGACUUCUCCAGCAUGACUCUCACCCAGAUCAAGCGACAGGAGAUGGAUGCACAGGUCCUGGUUCUGGAGCUGGAGACCCGUCUGCAGAAGGAGCGAGAGCGUCUCGGCGAGCUGAGGAAGAAGCAUUACGAACUGGCCGGCGUAGCAGAAGGCUGGGGCGAGGAUGAAGAGGGCACAGGCUGAUCCCCGCCACCGGUGUCGUCACCCCACUCCUCCUCAACCCAGAAGACCGGCUUCUGUCUGCCUCUUUCUAUUUAUAGACACACUUUUCAGCCUUUCUUCUCCCUUGUUAUUUUUUUAAUUAUUAUUUGUUUGUCUGUUAUCCAAGCCAAAUGAAAAGGUGCUUCUUUUCUAAACCCGCUUCUCCACCCAUGUCCCGAAGCUUCCAUAAAGGACAGCACCAAGGGCUCAGCAACAGCGGAGGAUGGGUGGGGGUGUUAGUGGUAUCGGAGGGACGAACACGUGCACACGAGGAACGGUGUGAAAGACGACCCACAGCCCGGCUUCGCGGCCUUCCCCCCCCGCUCCUCCUCCUGGACUGUGUUGGGAAAACUCAGCGGCGAGGUCUCUUAUUGUCGUUUCCCUCCUCGCUGCACAAGUUCUACUCGUCAUCCCGGGACGCACCGCACAAAGGCCGAACUCUGAGGAGCAGGACGGAGGGGGGAGAUGAGUCCACCCAGCCCACAUUCGUGUCUCCGUAACAUAGACGGCGUGCUCUCCCAUUUAAAAACAGAUGUUUUUGUCCUGCGCGUGAAACAGCGGGAGCCCGAGACGCUUCUUUUUUUCUCACUGUGAGUUCUCACCUUAUUGAGUCCGCUUCGCUGGACUUUCUGCCUUUCACCUCCUCACCAUUGUAACGACCAUGACUGUUAACUUAAACACCGACCCCUCCCACACACACAGACACACCCCUGAUUUUUGGUCUUUAUUUGAAUAAGCGCUCAAAUAGAACGGUCCAUGUGCAGGAGGGUUGGGUUGCAAAGUAGCGCACACACACACACGGUCCCUGUGAACUACCUCAUGCUACAUCAUUGGAGGUAGCCGUGCAUCAGGGGAAGGUUUAGAUGAGCAGGUUUGCUGAAAACACUAAUAACAUGGGUCUGAUUUUUCAGAUUUUCCUUCUUAUACUGGUUAAACUGGGGAACAGGGUAGCGAGAGGCAGCCCUCUUUAUUAUCAUUAUUUUUUUUAAUAUAGAGCUCGUUCUGAUGUCUUUUUCUCUUCAUCAAAACACAAGUUUUGCUCCUCGGUUCAGUAAAGACAGAGACCCUCCUCUGCUGUCUCGUCACAAGCUUAGCCCAAUAAAUCAGCAGGAGAAGAAAUAUCCAUGAGAACUUUGACCUUUCUUGAAGUCAGACUUAAACGAGGACUCGAGGCCAUUCCCGCUGCACAAACCUUUAGAUCGGCCCGGUUUGAUCACGUGACCCAGCCUCUCGCCACGCACAGCGGGGGACCGACUGCCGUUAUUUUCCCUGAAUUCCUUCUCUGAGUGACAGAGGGAUCACGGGGUCUGGGACGAAAGCAAACUGCAGUGUUUUUUCAAUAGCUUCCUAAAGACCAAGUAGCUGUGGACAUAAACUACAAGCCUCCUGUUGUUGGAAAUAAUAUUUUGCUUGCUUUUAAGGAUUCGGUUUAACUUAAACAAAACAGUUAGUUUCCUAACUUCCUGCUGAACCCGACGAGCUGCCGUUUGGCUCUGGACUCUGAAACCUGAGACGAGCAGGCGUUUAUUUUCAACCCUCAACACGUUACUUACCUUCUUUCUAUUCGAUGACCCGCGGUUGGUGGUGGUGGGGGUUUGUCUCUCUGUGUCUUAACGUACUUUAGUUUUGGACGCUCCGCUUCAGCUGCAUAUCUCUAAAAGGUUGUGACACUGGGUAAUUUAACAGCUGCUGGUCGAAUAGUAUUUGCCAAUAAUAAUAAGAAGUAUUAUCUGCAGUGCUAUUGAGUCCAGGUCUUCUUUUUGUACUAAAUGAUUUUUAGCUGUAGUCUGUCACUUCUUCCACAUCUGGACAACACAUCUGGUAGCUGACUUCAGUAGAAGAAAACCUCCAUAAAAGAAAGGAGCAUUUUCUUUGUAUGGAUUUUUUUUUUCCAAGUGUCUUGAAAGACUGGAUUGCACCUCGAGUGAUAUUUUGGGUUUUAUUUUAUUUUAUUUUGCCCAAAUUACCUUUUUAUUAACCUCUCUCUCCCUCUUUGGCUCUCUCUCUGGUUCAUGUCUGUUUAGUCCUACCAGCUCAGCCAGCCUUUCAAACUGCCUCACACUGUAGUCAGAGAGAAACAGAUACUCACAUAGCAACAUUGAAAUAUGUCUUUGUAUAAUAUACUAAAACUAUGUUGGUGGGUUUGUUUUUAUUUUUUCAGUUUUUAAAAAUAAAUAUUUCAGCUCAUUAAUACAGA